CAUAGAUACAUUUAAGAAAAUGCUUGAUCGGGUAUUGAGCUACUUAUUUCAGAAUUUAACUUGCAAAGGCCAGGUGACAGAAGCUAAAAAGAUGUUGCCUGCAGCAGACGAAAACUCGAUCGAGGAUUUCAAGGUGUUGACUCUCCUUGGGAAGGGAUCAUUUGCCUGUGUUUACAGAGCAAAGUCUGUGAACACAGGCUUGGAGGUGGCUAUAAAAAUGCUCGGAAUUUUAUGCAUCAGACUGUCACUGGGAUGCUUUAUUUGCAUUCACAUGGAAUAUUGCACAGAGAUCUCACCCUGUCAAACCUUCUGCUCACCAGCAACAUGAAUAUUAAAAUUGCUGACUUUGGUUUAGCUACGCAGCUUCGAAUGCCCAACGAAAAGCAUUUUACCAUGUGUGGCACUCCAAAUUACAUUUCACCAGAGAUUGCCACUCGGAGUGCACAUGGACUGGAAUCUGAUGUAUGGUCUCUAGGAUGCAUGUUCUACACAUUUCUUGUUGGGCGACCUCCAUUUGAUACAGAUGCAGUAAAGACCACUCUUAAUAAAGUUGUCCUUGCAGAUUACAAAAUGCCAUCAUUUGUAUCACAGGAAGCACGAGACCUAAUUUACUCACUGCUUCGUAAGAACCCUGCAGAUCGUAUAAGCCUUUCAUCUGUUUUAGAUCAUCCAUUUAUGACAAAAAAUUCAUUGUUUAGAAGAGGUCCAAAUUCUGUAGAAGACUCUUUAGACAGCGGACAUGCCACAAUUUCAACAGCCUUUACUGGUGCUACAACCUCUUCCAGUAGUACUAGUAGUCGCUUGCCAGAAAGGACAAAGCAGUUAGUCUCUCAGGCACUCCCUAAUAAAUUCAGUGUAUUUCCAGCACAAGUUAAGAAGCCAGGUAGUGCAUCUUCUCUUGACAGUGACUGUUCUACAGAAAGAGGAAGACAACUGACAUCCAAAAGAGAGACUGUGAGGGGGAGGAACAUGCACAAUACUGAAGAGGAAGAAAGUAGACCUCACUCUCGGUACUUGAGAAGGGCUCACUCCUCUGAUCUCUCUAGUACAACACACAGCCAGACCCAGGGAAAUACAAACAUUGAACGAUGUCAUUCAGUAGAAGUCCUCACUAAAUCGAUUCAUUCGGGAAUUGUUGGUAAUGAAGAGCCUUUUUCUUCUGUGACCAUCUAUAGUGAAAACCCUCAGGAGUUGCUUGAAAGACAGACUUCACCUCCUGUCAGAGAAAAAGCCAAAUUAGAUUUUGAGCUUGGACUUAGACCUGGCUACCUUUUACGUGACCAGGAUUCACACUCUGGAAUGAUUCACAAGUGGUUGGGAAAUCUGGAAAAUGCCGAUCUACAACAAGGUCAGUUUAAAGAUUCAAGUUCUAAUAGCACAGGAGGAAGCUUUCAUAAUGGUCAACUUGUUUCUACAGUGACAGACAACCUUUCAGUAAAUGCAUGGGCUGAGCAAGUCAGACAGUGCAAUGCUAAUCUUUAUGGAACUGAUCAUUCUGUAAAAUCAGGAACUUAUGGACGAUGUGACCAAGUACUUCCAUUAACUGAAGUGGUGCAGUCAAGGUCUGGAUUUGGCUACCGUUGCAUUACAGAACAAAAUGGCACCAUGACACGAGAACCACAGCAAACUGCCUUUACAGCCCCAUCUCUGGGAAGUAUUGUUUCUCCCCUGAGUGCACACCGACUUAAACCAGUAAGGCAGAAAACAAAAAAUGCAGUGGUCAGUAUUUUGGACACAGGUGAAGUCUGUAUGGAGUUUCUGAAGGUCCAUAAUUCUCAGGAACGUGUCAGAGAAGUUCUCAGAAUAUCAUACGAUGGGCGUACAAUUACUGCUUAUAAUCCAAAUGAAGGAAAAGGGUUUCCUCUUGAUGAAAGACCACCAUCUCCUCCAGAAAAUGUGUUCAUUUACAGUUUUGACAGUUUACCAGAAAAAUAUUGGAAGAAAUAUCAGUACGCAUGCAAGUUUGUUCAGCUAGUGAAAUCCAAAACCCCAAAGGUUACACUAUAUACCAAAUAUGCCAAGUGCAUGUUAAUGGAGAAUGGCCCAGAAGCAGAUAUUGAAGUUUGUUUUUAUGAUGGAGCAAAAAUACACAAGACAUCUGAAUUUUUGAGAGUCAUAGAAACGUCUGGAAAGUCUUAUACACUGAAAGGGCAAGGUAGUGUCAGUAGCCUGAGUGAAGGAGCCAGAAUAUAUGUGGCACAUGCAAAUGAGAGCCAUCGUACCUGCCUUGUAUUGGAAUCUGUAAUCACAGCUGAGGAAGAAAAGAGUGAGCAACAUACUGCAUUUUUCCCAAUAAUUGUUGGAAGGAGACCACCUAGCAGUGCGUUUUCAAAGGCAUCAACUGAAGUUUGUACUGCUGCAGUAAAAAAAGGUCUGGAUAUGGAUCAGCCAUCUGAGAGUAAGCAGGUGCUGCCUAAAGAGAAGUCCUUGCUCACUACUGCCACUGUUAAAACUAAUUCUUCUUCAUCUGCACAGGAGGAGAACGAGAUGACCCCACAGCUGUCGCAGGUCCUGAAAUCUGUGUUUGUAGAAAAUGUUGGUUGGGCAUCGCAACUGACAAGUGGAGCAGUGUGGGUGCAGUUCAAUGAUGGGUCACAGUUGUUAGUUAAAGCAGGAGUGUCCUCUGUCAUUUACACAUCUCCUCAUGGUCAGACAUUCAGGUUUGGAGAAAAGGAAAAGAUACCAGAGUAUGUUAAGGAAAAACUGAAGUGCCUUUCGUCCAUUUUGAUUCUGUUUGCUACACCAACAAACCACCACUGAUUAAUGGAGAAGCUUUUUGAAAGUUGAACAUGGUUGAUAAAAAGCACAUUAUGUAUAUAUCUGUAUUAAACUGUAUAUAUUUUAAAGUAUGUUUUGUAACUUUUAAAAUAUA